AUGGGGCUUCGUGGGUCUCUAGCCCCCAUCGUGGUAGACAUUCUCCACCAAGUUCGGCGUCUACAUGAUGGAGGUCAUCAUAUAUCCCUGCAGUGGAUUCCAGGGCACUGCGGUCUCAGAGGCAAUGAGGAGGCUGACAGAGUAGCAACGGCUGCCAACGAGUCCCCGAGAGCCGUGCCCAUUGUGCUGUCGAGAAGCGACAGAAGGGCCUUACUAACUGCAUGGUUUCAACCCUUGGCUCUGGAGCAAUGGCGCCGGGACAUCACGGCUCAAUCUCUAAUGAAUUCGGUAGACCCAAAUUUAGCGUUUCCUUUCCCUACCAGUCUCCUACGCCAUGUUACCUCCCUCCUCCAUACACUCCGGCUCAAUGUGGCUUUCACCCCGCAAUUCAAGUGUAUGAUCCGAUGCUGUGACACGGGCCUCUGUUCCACCUGCGGUGUCGUGGCGACCGCCCAGCACGUUCUUAUGGAAUGUUCACUCUACUGCCCGCAAAGGCGGACAUUGUGUGGUGAGCUUGCCCGCAUCAGCGAGAGGCCGCUCACCUUAGCUGCACUCAUUGGCCCCUAUGAAGAUCCUGUGCUCCAUCCUCGGGUUCUUCACCUGUUCAUGGACUUCCUGUCGACCACUGGAUUGCUUCAAACGCUUUAG